CGGCGCGGUGCGGGGGCUGAGCGGGUGGGCCCGGCCGCCGGUGGCGGGCACCGUGCCGGCUGCGAUGGCUCUGUCCGCGGCUGUGAGGGGAGCGACGUCCGUGUCCUCAGCUGGCCGGGGAGCGAUGGCGCGGCUGCUGCUUCUGUGCGCCGCGUCGGGGCUGCUGCUGGCGGCCGUCGCGGCCAUCCCGCCGCCCGAGGAGGCGGCGCGCAUGGCGCGCUACGUCCUGCACAGCUGCGACUGGGGCGCGCUGGCCACGCUGUCGGCGCAGGAGAGACUGCGCGGCCGCCCCUUCGCCAACAUCUUCUCCCUCAGCGACGGCCCGCCCGGGCCCUGCGGCGGCAGCGGCGUCCCCUACCUGUACCUGACCGACAUGGAGAUCUCCGUGCAGGACCUGGAGGUCAAUUCAAAUGCCUCCUUGACCGUGUCUUUGGCACAGACUCCUUACUGCAGGAAGCACAGAUAUGAUCCCCAGAACCCCCUCUGUGCCCACAUAAUCUUCGUUGGGAGCAUUGUAAAGGUGAAUGAUUCAGAAGCAGGCGUAGCAAAAAAAGCAUUAUUCAGUCGCCACCCUGAAAUGGAAAGCUGGCCCAAGGACCAUAAUUGGUUCUUUGCCAAAUUCAAUAUCACCAAUAUUUGGGUCCUGGACUACUUUGGUGGAUUGAAAAUUGUGACACCAGAAGAGUAUUACAGUGUCAAGCCUUAG